UGAAGUGGCGAAGAUAGCAAUUAGAUGCGUCAACAGUGGAACGAUCAUCGGUGAUUCGCCGUUCCGUGAACUACUUAAUACAGGGAGCCACACGAAAUGUUACUUUCGUAUUUCACGGGGAAAUCGCGUCUGACCAAGCAACGAUUGCGGGGACUGCAGGAAAAGUGUUGCAAGGCUACGAAUGCACUCCAGUGGAACGCAGUCGGUGAAACGAAAUUGUGCAAAUAUGCUGGAAGCAAUGACACGUUAAUGGACAACACUUUCGACGACCGUGUGCAAAAAUGGAAAUAAGAACAGAAAGAUAACAUUCUAUUUCUACACGUAUCUUUCAACAAAUACGCAUCGAAGCGAUUGCCGAUGAUUACUUUCACGUUUAAGAAUGACACAUAUUUGUUUGACUGCGUACGGUCGGAAUGCUUUUACAAAAUAUUCUUCGUACCGCACGAGAAGCUUCCAAAUCGGUUGAAUUGGAAGAAUUACACGGAAAACUUGGAGAAGUGUGCAGAGUACCGGGUCCGCUGAUAAAUACCUUCGGAACGAUCGUUCUUUAUGGUCGUUAAAAGUUGCGAAUCGUUCUCUAAAUAUGGCCGCGGAGAUAGACGAAGCGGUACCAGGGGCACCCUGGUACGCGAAAUUCUUCGAGUACUGGAGAAACCGAAAUCGAGUGGGCCCAGGCAAAGUGGAGUUUCCCGACUGCGACUUUUUCAUAGUUGGACCACGUCGAACCUUGCGAGUGUUGAGGCCGACCUUGAAGAGCGGUUGGUUUUACGAGAACACCAACGAUAGGCCCGAAUCGGUUGCCGACAAUUUCUUCACCCGUUGGUCCCGAAGACCGCAUUCGUCUGGUAACUGUAGGUGUUCGUUUCGACAGUCCCGGCGCUUGAGCACCACCGAAGAACAAAUCAUAUCUGCGGAGUUAAAUAGAAUUAGAACGAGCCUCUGUGAAGCCGACAAAAACGAGCGGGCGAUCGAGGAAUUGGAGCAGAGGGUCUCGAUGAAUUUGCAGAGGUUGAAAGUACCUGAGAAUGAACAACCAAAAGCAGAUGGGAACGACGCAACGAGCAUCGAGGAGACGAUCCUAAGCGAUCAACAGGUGGAUGAGCAAACGAUCAAAAAUAAGAUUGUCAAGGAUUUAGAGAAGUAUAUCAACGUGCUUCUCGAAGAGAUUCUCGACGACACUGUGAAAUACAUCGCCGGCGCUGAAAGCUGUAUCACGAAGGACUUAUCGGAUUCGAAACCCAAGGACUCGCAGCCGCGAUCGGACGAAACUAGAGGGACCUCGGAUAAUGGAAAAUUUACGAGCGAAAGGUACACCGGUAACGAGGAAACGUUCAACGAUAUCAGCUUCUCCUUCCAUCCAGAUACGAUCGACGAGAAGCAGAAAGAAUCCGAAUGCAAGAGUGAAAUAUCGAGUAACGAGGAGGAGGGAUAUGUGAAUCGCGGGUUCAUCGGUUCCACGAUCGAUCCAGACUCCUUGGACUUCUACUUGCGUCGAUCGGCCGGCACGGAAGUCACCUUGGAGCAAUUGGAUUGCAUCGAUUCAGGGAUAAACAGCGUCGAGACGAUCGAGUUCCAGCCGGAUCAGGAGCCCAGCCUGGAGCAGUCCUUGCUGAAGAUCAUCGAUGAGAAACUCGGCAGAUCGUUGCCUCUGAGGAACAGUUGGGAGGAUUUGUGCAGCACAGGUGGCCAGGACGACGAUCCUCGGGGCCAGCCGACAAAGAGAACGGACGAGGAGGUGAUUCCGAGAAGUGGCAAGCAGCUGAGCAACGAUGGAGGCACCGAGGGAUCGGAGGUCACUGGGAAGAAUGAUGCGGAAAGCGGCGAGCCGCAGGAUCCGAGCGUUCAAACUGCCGGGGGAAUCGAUAUCUCGACGGAUAAUCUUGAGGGUAGAGAACGAGCGGUGGAUCUCAAGGAGCUAGAGGAAAUUGUUAGCGAGUCCAGUUUCGAGAAUUUGCGGCUGGAAUUCAAGGACAACGCCAACGAGCCGUCCUUGAGACACAAAAAGGGCAACGCGAUGUCGAAGCUUUGGGAAAAGUUGUGCGUGAGUCCGGACGAGUCGAACGAGUCCACGGUGAGGAGCAACGGGAACGAAAAACCGCCGCCGUUACAGCUUAAGAAGGAAGUGUCUUCCAUCGAGCUCGAAGAUUACAAAAAGAUGUGGCCGGACACCGGCUACGAACAGAAUCCCCGUGAUUUGGUCACCUUUAGGAGAAACCGGAAACCCAUGAUCGUGUUCAUUCACGGAUUCGGCUCAUCCGCGGAGAUCUUCGAGCAUCAGCUUCGUUAUUUCUCCGCUCUGGGCUACCCUUGCAUCGCUCCGGAUAUGCUGGGACAUGGCAUGAGUUCGGCACCUAGUCGGUCCAGAGAUUAUCACUUUAACAAACUCCUAAAGGAUCUUGACGCGAUCCUAUGCAAUUACGCCUUCAAGCCUGGACAGAAGUGCGUCCUAGUUGCGCACAAUUACGGAUGCAGUUUUGCUGCCGCCUUGGCCUGUAAAUACGAUAGUAAUAUACAUCAGCUAGUCUUAAUAUCCGGAGGUGGACCAACUCCUUUAGCAGCGCCGAGCACCGAAAGCGCCGGUCACUGUUGCCUCAGAGCGAUCCUCGCACCUUUCCUAAUGUGUGGCCUUCACAGAGACAUAUUAUAUUCAGCGAGGGGCCGACAACACCCUUACUGUGGCCCCGAGCCACCGGAACAAUGGCCCUCGCACAUGAAAUAUGUUUUGGACGGCAUGAUUUGGCCGGAUGGUGACUACGUUUUCCAUAGAAGGAUAUGCACGCCGACGCUUCUUAUACAUGGUUUAAGGGACAAUAAAGUGUCACUGGUGCAGGAAUGCCAAAUGGAACGGACCAUGCUGAAAGCUUUUCUGGAGGCGAUACCAUCAGCCGGCCAUACGCCUAUGACUGACUGCCCGGACCAAUUGAAUCAUAUGAUACAUUGUUUUAUAGAUUUAUGGAAAAAUAAAAAAUGGUAGCGGUAAUAUAGUUAGGUUCGUGACAUUUUUUAUAAAACAUGUUAUUACAUAAUAAGAUUAUAUUUGAUUCAAGUUCACUGUACGGGUAUUCGACUCAUUGUACAUUUUAACGAAAAAAAUAUGGUGCCUUAUGUUUAAAUUGCUUCGGCAAAUUUAAUGCAUCGAGACAAAGAUUAGAACCUACUGUAUAUAAUCUAGUUUUAUAUUGGUGAAAAUUCGUUUGUAUAGAUACUACUUUAUACGAUUGUAAUGCUGUAACCAAUCUUUUUAUAACUAUUUUUUACGAAACUUUUUCUAUAACGUUGCGAGAGACGGAGAAAUAGCUGCAGGCGAUUAUUGACAUUUUGAAACAUAUUUCAUUAGUUCACAUGAUAACUGUGCCAAAACGUGUACACGGUUGUUAUAUCGACUGUUCAACAUUACGCGGCCUUAACGACGGUUGGUUUGUAAAUGAAGUUGUAAAAUACGAUCUAGAGGCUAUGUGGUAGCGUAUAAGUUAUACCAAAGAUGAUUUAUACAAUGUGAUUUUCUCUAUUCUACUGGAGUAUAACUUAUUCGUUUACAAUAAAAUUGUGUACAGACACAUUUGAUUUA